UUUGAUUUCUGCUAUUUCAUUUUAGGUAAAGAAAUUCUUGGUGUGACGGUUACUUCAGAUAAUCGUAAUGUUAAAGCACUUGAGUUUGGAGAGGUUGUUCUCUCUUGCAAGUACAGACUGGAGAAGACUGAACAGAAGGUCAGGUUAGAAUGGAAGAAAGUUGUUACAAAUGGUGACGUCUCAUUUGUGUACUUUAAUGAUGCUUUAGCAGCUGAUCUACAGAAACGGGCUGAAAUGAUGGGUUCAAGCAUCAGAUUUAAGAAUGUUAGUAGAGGAGAUGCAGGAAAAUAUCGAUGUGAAGUUAGUGCGCCUCAAGAUACCAAAAUUUUUCAGGAGAUCGAAAUUGAAUUAAGCAUCUUAGUGGCCCCGAGUGUCCCUGUAUGUGAUAUUCCCAGCUCAGCCAUGAGCGGCUCAUCAGUUGAACUUAAAUGUUGGGAAAAUGAAGGCUCCCCAGCUUCAGAGUACAAGUGGUUUAAGAAUGGAGUUCCUUUAUUAGAAAACCCAGCCCCGAAUGCCAGGGUUACAAAUUCGUCUUAUACACUGAAUAAAAUCUCAGGCACUUUGCAAUUCAGUACUGUUGCCAAAAUGGAUACAGGGGAAUAUUACUGUGAAGCCAGCAAUGGGAUUGGAAAGACUCAGCGAUGUGUUGCAAAAAGUAUGCAAGUUGAUGACCUGAAUAUAGCUGCAAUUAUAGCUGGAGUGGUGGUUGUAACGCUUGUGAUUUUACUCUGUGGACUUGGAAUUUUCUAUGCACAUAAAAGAGGUUGCUUCUCAAGAGGAAAUUCUUCAGAGAAGGAAAAUGUUCACAAAUCUGCAUCACAAAAGGAAAAUGAUUUCAAGCACACAAAGUCAUUUGUGAUAUGAGAAAUCUUGCAAAAGAACCAUUUUCAACCUCCAACUACCUACAAGUUCAGCUUUCUUGAAUUGUAGACUCUGUUGUGAAUAUUAAAGACUGGAAAGCUAUAUAUUUUUACAUGGCCGAAAACGAACAAACAAUAUAUAAGAUGAAAAUGUUACUAUGUAAAAAGCUCCUAAUUGUUUGAACUGAACCUAAUGGUCAGCAUUUCAGCAACAGGCAGUCGGAACGCGUUGGAAGCUCCUUUUCCUGAGAAAAAAAACCCAGUGAAAACUGUUAAUGGCAUAUUGAGGUUCCAUGAUAAUUUGGAUAAGCAACUACCAUAUGAAAGUUAUAUUUCAUCAUUAUGUUUGAGUUCAUUUGUAUGUAUAUAAAGCAAAUAAGUAAUCCUACAAAUAA